GGGAUAAAAACAGCGUCUGUCAGAGUGAAAGUAGAGAGCGGAAGAAAACUACCUUAAUUUUACAGAUAUUUCUUUUGUAAAGACUAAGCCGACUGACAAAGGAUACAAAAUCAUCAGGUUUCCAACAGAAGGAUUGAAGCUUUCCAAUGGCAUGGACAUCGUAUCAAGUUAUUCUGGGUGUGGUCAUGGUUGUCACAGGAUCCAUCAACACCCUUUCAACCAAAUGGGCAGACAAUCAGAAGGCACUAAAUUUAGAUAAAGAUUAUAAGAAAUUUGAUCAUCCAUUUUUGCAGGCUGUGGGGAUGUUCAUUGGAGAGUUCUCCUGUUUGAUUGUGUAUCUUAUCUCGCGCUGCAUUAGUAGAAGUCGGCAACAGGAGCACCCUGUGUUGGAUGAGAACCCUCCUCGGAAGUUCAAUCCUUUCGUCUUCCUACCGGCUGCGCUGUGUGACAUGUGCGGGACCUCAAUCAUGUAUAUUGGACUAAACCUGACAUUCGCAUCCAGCUUUCAGAUGCUGCGAGGAUCUGUGAUCAUCUUCACCGCAUUGCUGUCCGUGGCGUUCCUUGGUCGUAUUAUCAAGCGACACAUGUGGAUUGGAAUGUUUACAGUCAUGGUAGGACUGGUGUUGGUUGGACUGUCAGAUAUUCUCUUCAAGUCAUCCAGCGAGCAGCAGCAAAAUACAAACACUAAUGGAGUCAUUGCUGGUGACUUGUUGAUCAUAAUGGCCCAGAUUAUCGCUGCCGUUCAGAUGGUAUACGAGGAGAGAUUUGUCACAAGAUACAAUGUGCAUCCACUUGCUGCUGUUGGCUGGGAAGGCUUUUGGGGAGCUCUAAGCCUGGGCUUGCUGUUGAUACCUUUCUACUACAUCCACGCGGGCAACUUCAGCAACACAGCAGGACACCGACUGGAGAACGUCCCUGACGCGUUUGAACAGAUGAAGAAUAAUCACAUCAUUAUCAUUGCCACUGCAGGUAACAUUGUGAGCAUUGCAUUUUUCAACUUUGCGGGUAUCAGCGUAACAAAGGAGCUGAGCGCAACAACAAGAAUGGUGCUGGACAGCGUGAGAACUCUCGUCAUCUGGAUGUUUUCCCUGGCAGUCAAAUGGCAGGACUUUCAGUGGCUACAGAUAGUGGGUUUCUUGUUCCUGGUGAUUGGUAUGUCCCUGUACAACGACAUCAUCAUUAUGCCGCUUGUACGGCGCUACAAGGAAGGCAAGCAGCUCACGGAGCAAGAUCGACACAACUCACGUGCGGACGAACGUGAAGAAGAGCGACAGAGAUUGUUGGGAUCCGUCAACUAGAUGUAGCAGACAAUCAGUGCCCGUGACAUUCCAAUCUUCACAAUGCCAUACAAACUAGACUGUGAUCGCACAUCUCUAUUUUUGGAACCAAAUUGUGCCGUGGUUACUGUUGUAUAAGGAUUUUGUUCUAUGAGAUUUUUGUACUCCGGAUCAAAUAUUUUAGUCAAGAAUCAAAAACCACAUGCGAUAAAAAGUGUUAUAAUUGAAAAAAAACAAAACUUAAUAUACAUUGUAUUGACGAUAAUUGACAAGCGAUAAAUAAUGUAAAAAUUGAAAAAAAAUGCCUUUCCCACCUACCCUGCAAAACAAUGUUAAAAAAUGUUUUUCAUAUUUUCGAGGGGCGUUCAAAUGCUACAUGUACCUAGGAACGAUCUCAUUUAAAAAAAAAAAUAAUGAAAAGCACAGAAAUUUCUUUAAAAUGUAGAUCAGAAUAUAGCUGAUUGAUGCAGCCAAAGUUUAGUCAUAAGGUUGUUAAUAUGUGGGAGACGGUCUUAACGGCAAUGUCACUCAAUGUAAACUGGCCGAAAUUGUCAAUUAUUCUGAUGUCUGAUUGCUUUGGCAUCUGAUGGGUACCAUCUUGUUUCCAUACCCCACUUUUUUUAUUUAGUUCAUGAAUGAUAUCAUUCACAGUUCUGUUACUUCUGUCCACUCUUGCUUGUUUCUUUGAGCAUCGUGAUGCAACGGUCCUUGUCAAGUAAUUCGGAAUUGCGUCAAUGGGUUCCAUUUAUGUUUGAAAAAAAUCAUAGCACUUUUCCAUGUAACAUUUUUAAGAUCCGUCAUACAUGGUUACUAGAGAAUAAUUAUAUUUUUGAACAAAGAGGUAAAAAAAUCUUACGGUAAUCAGCCUUCAUGCGCUCUUGUAUAAUCAAACCACUCUUUGUUAAGUUAAACACAUCAUUUUAUAGAGAUCCAUUGAAUAUCAUAACUUUAUGCAGGGUUCCUGCUCGCAUAGCCCUGUACCCGCCAAUGUGCCUAAUGCUCACCACUGGGUACCUUGUAAAAUAUGGCGACAACUUUUGAAUGCCUGAGGGAACCCUACAUAAUAAGUCUUGUUACAACCACAUCGUCACCUUAGUGCAAGAACUCAAUAUCUGCUUCAAUUUUUAUAUGCAGUUAUUGAGUUAAUGCUCUAGGGUUACGACAUGUUAUUGUUUGUAUUGUUUAAUAUGCAUGUACAUACCUUGUAUGUUAGGUGUCACUUUAUAAGGGGUUCUAAAGUUCAGAAUUAAUUUGUAAGUGAUGGUUAAAGGUUGUUAGUAUGUACUGAUAAAAAUAAAUGGUUUGAUGCAACAUAGUGGUCUACCCUAUAAGCGGGCCAGCCACUGUUUUAUAUCUUCUGACUCACCUGAUUUAAAAGGUGCACAAUACAGGGUGAUGCCAAAUUUUUUUUUUUUUUUUAAAUGGAUUAUAAUGCAUUAACAUGAUAACGCAUAGACUUCCAAUUAUUUUUUGUAUUCUAUUUUUUUAUCAAAACAAACGAAUGCAUAUGAUUAGGACCAGAUGAAAAAAUAUUAGCCUUUAUAAAUGUAUUUUUUUUAAUUAGUAGCUGUGUGGCCACAAAUUCCCCACUUAAAAAACACACCAAAACAUUACUAAUAAAUUUUAUUUUUAUUUUUUUGAUCAUUGAUGUCAAAUGAGAUGAACACAAGAAUGCAUUUAAAUUUGAACGAUAAAGUUUGGCAUCAACAUAUGUUGUGCGCUUUUAAAUUAAUAACGGCUGACAGCUGAUUUGCUGAAACAGAUGUAUCGGCAAACUUGAAGUAUUCUGCUUUCUCAUUGGACAAAAUAUAAUGUUGACCACUCAAUCAGGAUUGAGAGCUUUUAACUUCCGAGUAUUGUUCAGUUGUAAAGGUUGUUUUUUUCAUGGGCUUUUGCAUCAGACACUAGUAGGAAGUACUGAAAUGAAUAUAAAUGACAGUUAAAAACAAUUUCAGAAAGGAAUCCCUCAUACUCAAACAGAACAUCAGCUUUGUUCAGGAUUAACAAUUAUCACCUGUAAGAACCCCCGUGUUUCAUAAAACACGCACCAUUUAUAGACAUUUAUUGAAUAGUAUAUAUAUAUGUAUAACUUAAUGAUGGGUCUUGUUACGACCAUAUGUUUUUGUUUGCUUGUAUUAUUUGCAUGUGCAUAUCUUGUUUGUAAGGUAACCUUUUAUGUCCACAAUAGACAGCCAAAUGUAAUUCAUGAAGAUCAUAUAUAAAGUGCUGUUAAAAUAUAAAACCAAAUUUUGUAUUUCUUACUGAUCUAGCAAGAAUCGUACUUUGCAUUUUCCAAAAAUAUUUCAACGCUGAACUUAUUUUUAUAUAUUUUUCAAAGUAGUAUUGAAAAUUCAAGUAGUUAUUUUUGUAAUAUAUCUUGUAUUUAUUCAAUAUUGAUAACAAAUUUAUCAAGUGGUAAGAGUUUUAUGGUACUGCAUUAAAAAAUUGAAUAACAGUACAAUUUGCUGCCCAUUGGAAAAAUAGAGUGUGAAAAUUGUUUCAAUCGUAGAGGAACUUCUAUAGGAUUAUUUAUUUCUUUUGAUGAAAAGUGCAAUAUAAUAUAUUUUAUUUAAUAGAUUUAACUGCUGUUUAAACUGCAGAAAAUGGCAAUAUUUGUCAUUAAACCAAUCUCAGGAAAUAUGCCAUUUCUUGGUCAAUAAGGAGAAUUUCUAAAAACUUUUGUGCACAGACUUUUAACACAAAUAUGUGCAUAAUAAUAUCACAUUUUUCUCUCAUAUAUAUAUACCUCUUUUAGUUUUUUUGUGUGUCAAAUAUGUACAGUUUUAAGUCUUUAUAUCCCUAUAUUCUAUUGUGUUCUUAAUAAUAUUCUUUGUCUUUGGUCACAAUUAAAAAAUACAUUGUUUGGUUAUAGCUGGCAGACUCACAAAAAUACGGUACCUGCGACCCAAAAGCUUUUCAGCCUUCCAAGUUAUAUCCUGUUUAUUUAUUUCAUUUUUUAUUACAGAAUAAAGGGCUAAGGUAGUUAAAAACAACAAAGAAAACCCCCUCUUUAUCUACCUACUCAAAUACAAAGAUUUGGAUCGUGUGAGGCCAAGCAAAGUAUUUCUUAAUAUAGGACUGAUGUUGAUUUAUUGUUUAUUAUUGACUGUUGCUCCUGGUGAAAUUUGUAUUUUUUAAAAUGUAAGUAAUUUUUUGAAAACUGGAUGUUGGUUAAAUUUUUACAACCUUUCCAUGUCUGUUGAACAAAACUUUACCAAAAUUGAAAAGAAGAAACAUAAAUCAUGGGUUUUAAUAGUACAAACUUUUAAAAGUCAUGUGUAUUCAAAUAAACAUUUCGUUAUGAACUGGUUAAAACAACAUCUUUUUUAUCAUGAUAUAUAUACAAGUUCAAUGGAUCAUUUUAAUGUUUUGAUAAGUAAUACAUUCACUUUCACUUUGUAAAUCCACACUUAAUAUUGCUUUAAUUUCAUUGUUUCAUUUUUAGUUUCCAACGAAAAAGUCUAUGUUGUUUUGAAAGCCUAGAUGUUGAUGGCAUUGUCGUAGUGCAAAAUCUUUCACCUUGUCCAUACAUGGAGGUCAUUAACUCUUUUUGCAGAUAUUUACAUGAAACUUUGUAUACAUGUUCAAAGAGACACGGCUUACAUGUAUGGCAAGGCCAAUAACUCUGGCUGUAAUCAUUUCAGAGUUAUUCCCUUUGUUUGACUGAAAAAAACAGCUGAUUGUCAGCUUCAUUCUCUGGAACUGGUGCUGAUUAAUGUUAUCAAUCUUGCAUGAAGUAAAACAUGCAUUUUUUGGGGGGGGGGGGGGGGGAAUAUACUUUUUUCUUAAACAUUCUUAUAUGAUAUUGAUCACUUAUAUUUUCAGAUAUGAAUGCAUUUUUAGUAAAGAAAGCUCCCUGUAUAUUUUUCAAGAGUGUUUUUGUUGAUCAAUGUUAUGCCAUACCAAAUUGAUUUCAUGUUUAGCAGCAGGUUCCAAUUUCAAAACUUAUACGAGAUACCGACCAGAACAAACAAACAAGAAAUACUAGCUUAAAACAAAAACCCUUCAUAACAGAUGUCACCUUUGAAAUUUAUAAAGAAAAUACCAUACAUAUUUUUAGAUUCAUACAUCUAGAAAAUUGAACUUCUCUUUUAAUAUGAUAUAUUUCUUGACUCAGUAAUUAUAUUUCUUUGCUAAAUUUAGAUUUGGGUAAAAUUAAUGUUGUUUUUUUUUCUUUCUGAAAACCUGCUCACCCAAUGACACCAAACAUAGAAUCAAUUUGGUAAUGCCUUGGUUAUCUCCCCACUAAUGCUGCGUUGCUUUUUAUAUUUAUGCAAAUCUAUAUAUAACACAUUGUCUGUGAUAUUUCAUGUACACUAGUAUGUAUCUCUUUGAUGAUCAAAACUUUUUUCAAAUUGUUUAUUUAUAGUCUUCCACAUAUAUGAUAUCCCUGACCAUCAAUCCAUAGCUACCUUUUGUAUUAAAAUAUAUCAUGAAAAUCUAUGAGAAAAUACCUCUGCAAAAGGAUGUAAAUCAAGGUCACCUGCAACAUGACGGAAAACUAAGUUACAUUUAUAACAUGAUAGAAAACUAGGUUUCAUUUGCAACAUGACAGAAAACUAGAUUUCAUUUUAAACAUGAAAGAAAACUUAGUUACAUCUGCAACAUGGCAGUAAACUAAGUUACUUUUGCAACAUGGCAGUAAACUAUGUUACAUCUACAACAUGACAGUAAACUAAGUUACAUGCAGAAUUAUAGAAAACUAGGUUUCAUCUGCAACAUGACAGAAAAGUAAAAUACACAAUUUUAAAUUGAUUUAUGACUCAUAUUUUCUUUCUAAUUCUGUAACUUGUGUUUUGUUACCAAAUUGAUUGCUUAUGUGGAAUAAUUCAACUUCCACUGUCCAUGUUUUGUCUGAAAUAAUGGUACUGUUGUUUUCAAGUGGUUUAAGGGGGAUAAAAUUGAUGUUUGCUACAUACACUAUAUUUCAUAAAAUUUUAUUGAAUAUUUACAAAUAAAUGAUACAAUUAUAAA